ACUGGGAGGGGCGGCUGCUGAUGUUGUUUACAGUUGCAGGUUGUAAUAUUAACUUUCACGGUAUCAUGGCGGGGACGUCACGACAUGAUCGGGAGAUGGCAGUGAACGCCAAAAAACAGCUGUCUGUGUGCACAGACCCUGUGGAAAGCUUGAGGUUGCAGUGUCUUGCAAGAGGCUCUUCUGGCAUCAAGGGUCUGGGCAGAACAUUCAAGAUAAUGGAUGAUGACAAUAACCGUACGUUAGAUAUGAAGGAGUUUAUCAAGGGCCUUAAUGACUAUGGUGUCCUCAUCGAGAAAGAGGAAGCCAAGGCAAUGUUUCAGCGUUUUGACCGGGACAACAGUGGAUUCAUCGACUUCGAUGAAUUUCUCCUCACUCUCAGGCCUCCAAUGUCCAAUGCCAGGAAGGAGGUGAUCACGCAGGCCUUUAGGAAGCUGGAUAAGACUAAUGAUGGGGUGAUCACUAUUGAAGAUCUAAGAGGGGUUUACAAUGUCAAGUACCACCCCAAAUAUCAAAACGGGGAAUGGACAGAGGAGCAAGUAUUCCGCAAAUUCCUGGACAGCUUCGACUCUCCUUACGACAAGGAUGGACAGGUCACCAAGGAGGAGUUUCUCAACUACUACUGCGGAGUCAGCGCCUCCAUCGAUAGUGAUGUCUAUUUCAUUCUCAUGAUGAAAAAUGCAUGGAAAUUAUGAGUUUUAAGCUGAUACAUUUAUGAUAAUGAUUUUUAAUGGACAGUUCAAGGUGCUUUCUUAAACUAAUAUUUCGUUAUGGAAAUCAUGUUGACAAACUAAUAUUUAUAAUUUUCCAAUGAUAUGCAAAUAGUUAUGAAUGACUUGUCCAUAUUUUGUGCAAUGUUAAAAUAUGUAUUUCAAUUAGUCACUCUCUCCACAAGCAAACUAACGACAUCUAGCUAUACAGUGGGGCAAAAAAGUAUUUAGUCAGCCACUAAUUGUGCAAGUUCUCCCACUUAAAAAGAUGAGACGGGCCUGUAAUUUUCAUCAUAGGUACACUUCAACCAUGACAGACAA